AUGGAGGAGGAGGCCCCGAUCCCUCGAGAGACUGGCGCCUUUGAUCGGCUGCCUCCAAGUGUAAUCGAGCACAUUCUUUACGCCGCCGACGCCAAUAUCUUUGCAUCUCUGGCUUUGCUAAAUCGACAGUGGAGGCGGAUAUCAGAGUCUCCCUCCUUGUACGCCUACCAUUUAUCGCAAUGCCCGUCCUUUACGUGGACGAGAGGGGCAAACCCCGCGCCUGCCGAAACCGACAGCCUGCCAGACCUCAAGCGUCAAUUCCUGGAAGAAAUCAGGCGGAAUGCUUUUGAUGUCUUUCUGCGGCCCCACUGUACUCUGGUUCGAUUGAUUUCAAGCUCAAUGAGCUCGUCCACUGCCUUUCCCCACGGCGAAGUGUUUCGUUUCUCGUUUUCAGCAAAUGGUCAAAUGGUUCUUUGUAUCAGCUCGUCCCGAAUUGUCGUGCUCGAUCUGACCAUAGAACGAGUAACUGUAAAGUACGAAUUGAAAACCCGCCGCCGACCCUUAGGUGCUACCAUUCAGGAUGAUGGCUCCCUUCUGGCCGUCGUAUCCUCCACACACCGGGUCAAUAUCUACCGACUCUCUGAUGAUGAGGCCAAGCAUUUCCAAACGAUCACACUUAAUGAUGCCCCAAGAGACUUGAUAUUCUCACCCACGGGAAGUGUCCUGGCUUUGUCCUUCGAGGGCUGUAUUGAGGUCCAUGCUGUGGGAGACGAGGUUCUGUCCACGGAACGCCGAGCAGCGCGUUGCCCCCGCGUCGAUGCUCUUUCUUUCUCUCUUGAUGGGACCAUGUUGCUUGGAUCGCCGCUUGAUGAUGGACAAGGUGGUAUCGUCACCAUCACAGCUCCCUUUUACACCGACAUUGGGAUCGACGUAUCGCCACAGGAACUACAAAUGCGCAUGUGGACCACACAAAUUCUCUUUCCCGAAACAGCCCCUGGAUUUACUCAUGCUUGCUUGAUAAACGGUCAUGAGGAAGCAGACGAUAGCUGGGUCAUAGGAUAUGACAGUGCUCUCGGGGCUUUUCGAGCAAUCAAAGUCGACAACAUUAAUGCCGGUGGGGUAUACUUUGCCAGCCCAUUCUUGGCAGAUGAAUUGCGGGAGACGUUGCCGAUCAUGCUUCCAUCUACGGAUAAUGCUGGGGAGCUUCUUGCCCUAGGAUUUCAAAACUCCGAAAUAUGGAUAUAUGGAGUGCCAGGACGUCUUGAUGUUACUCCGCCAGCCGCCGGGGCAGAAGAACCCAAUGACGCUCACCUUUGUGGUAAUCACCACAGCGAGGGACAGUUAGUGCCUCAUGACAACCGAGCCCAACUCGAGAAAAUUAUUGAACAAUCCCAAAAGGCUCUGGUCCGUGGCCGGCGAAUAACUGAUAUGCCUGGAAUCACAUCCGCUCGUUGGGUACGAUGUACCAAUCCAGGAAAGCCAAGACGUCGGCUUGUUGCUGUGGCGCCUGGUGGCGUGCGUCCACAAAUACUCGGCGAAGAAGAUAUCCCCGUGGAUGGUGGGAGGAUACUCAUCCUGGACUUUGAGAGAUCGACUACAAAUGGCAACGAGACCGAGCUUGAUAUUGAAGUAGGAGAGAUCGUGCCAAUGAUGCUCAUGGAACCGGACUCUUCGCUAGACACCGAAGUAGAGUUGGAAAGGCGGCGGACUCGUUUGCAUCGUGGGGAUACCGACCCGACGACACUAACGUCUCUCGUUCAACGACCCUCACGGACGCCUAUUCGAGAAUCUCGCCGAACUGCAAGUCAGAACGCGAUCUCACAUCUGCGCCCCAAUAGCUUAGCCAUUGCGACGUCUCCAGACGAGCCAAAUCGUGGCGAGGUUGUCGACGUCCCGUAUGACAAUACACAGCCCCGUUCUCGCGACACACUUCACCGAGCUGCUACAGCGGCGGCGUCCACGCGAGGCCGUUAUGAUCCGCGAUAUCGCAAUACUCAAGGUCGUCGAAUCCCGCAUGAGAGUGACGCGGAUAACUGGGUGCCACCGCCUCCACCUUACACCCGCGAGCCUGACCAACCUUUGCCGGAGGAUUUGCGGAGAUCUCUUCUUCCAAGCGGGCCUACAGUUCGCCAAACCCGCGUCGAUGAUCCUGUUCAGCCAGUCCUGCGAGCACAGACCACUCGUGUGGCAAGACAGGAAUUUUCGGAUCGUCCACGGCCGCAAUCUGCGCUUCUCCAAAGACUCGGGUCGAUUACUAGCGCUAGAGUUUCCGGAAGAGGUAGAAGAGAUUCCUCCCCUGUCGCUCGAGAAGCUCCUGGUCUGGAGCGAGCCCCUUCAGAUGUACCCCAUGUCCCUCAGUUCCCGCAACAACUUCUUGUCAACAACGACGAUAUGGCGCAGAGCAAUCGUUUGCCAGCUCGCCCAGAUUCCGCAAACGCAGCCAUACCAAUCCCUCCAGUCGCUACCAGCAACCUCCCCUCUCUCCAACCACUCCCCACCCUAGCCUUCCACCCAGUUGAACGCCUAACCCAACAAGAACAAGCCACCCUAGGAGCAACCCUGCUCGGCGAAUCCUAUCUUUCCUACUCCGUCUCUUCCCCCAAUCUCCUCCAUAUCCCACAACCCUACGGCAACGCCUUGGAUCUCACCGAAGAUGAUGACGAGGCGCAGAUCCCUGCAAGACAGCGAUCUUUCCGCCGGCGGGUAUCAACAGAACCAAAUAGCUUGCCGCCGCCUGCGAAUGAGGAGUGGCGGAGGCGCAUUGAGGAUUGGAACGAACAUACUAUUCGGGAGCGAAAGCGGAAACGACGAAAUAAGUGCAUUGUCAUGUAG